AUGAAUCUUCAAAAACCAAUAUUCAUUGCAUUUUUAUUAUCAAACAUAAUAAUAACCAAAGUAUAUGCCGAAUGCACUUGUGAACCACAAGAAAUCCCCGGUGACAAAAACAAAGCUCUCAAGUACAAACUUAUUGCUCUUGCUUCCAUUCUCGUCUCCGGUGGCAUUGGCGUUUCCAUACCUUUCGCGGGCAAAAUUAUCCCAGCCUUACGCCCCGAGAAAGAUGGUUUCUUUGUAGUGAAAGCAUUUGCAGCCGGUGUGAUAUUAGCUACCGCUUUUAUUCAUAUACUUCCACAAGCUUUUGCAAGUUUGACAUCUCCUUGUUUAAAAGAACAUCCAUGGGGGGAUUUCCCUUUCACGGGGCUUGUUGCAAUGAUGGCCACGAUUGCAACAUUGUUGUUUGAGACUUCUUCGGCUGCGUACCAAGUUAGGGCGGCUGCGACAAAAGUAGUUGGAAACGGCGGAGAUGAAGAAAUGAAUGAUGGUGUUGUGGUUGAGAGCCAUGGCCAUGUUCAUGUGUCCAUGUUCGGCGUCGAUGAUCCUGAAGUUCGUCGUUAUCGGAUUGUUUCUCAGGUGUUAGAACUUGGAAUUAUCGUUCAUUCAGUGAUUAUAGGAUUGUCUUUGGGUGCUUCUAAAACCCCGAAAACCAUAAAACCACUUCUUGCUGCGUUGUCCUUCCAUCAAUUCUUUGAAGGGCUUGGCCUUGGUGGAAGCAUUUUUCAGGCAAAAAUCAAGCCGGUGACUGUUAUAUUGAUGGGAGCUUCUUUUGCCCUAACAACUCCAAGUGGGAUUGUUAUUGGAAUAUUGGUAAGCAACACGUAUAAUGAAAACACUUCGAAAGCUCUAAUGGUACAAGGUGUACUAAAUGCUGCUUCAGCCGGAAUAUUGAUUUAUAUGGCACUUGUCGAUCUUCUUUCACCUGAUUUUAAGAAUCCGAGGAUGCAAAACAACAAGAUCCUCCUCCUUAGUUCCAAUAUUUCUCUUUUUCUUGGUGUUGGUCUUAUGUCUCUCUUAGCUUUAUGGGCUUGAUGCCGUCUACACAUGUAGAGUAAAAGUGUGUAUCAUAAA